AUGCCCGUCUCCUCACCUUACCCCUCGGUCGACAUUCCCAAUGUUGACCUCUGGACGUUCUUGUUCGAACGGAAGGAUAAGCCUUUUCCUGACGACAACAUCAUCUACCGAGAUGCGGACACCCAGCGGCACUACACUUACAAAGCCCUGAAGGAGACCGCCCUGGAGUUUGGAAAGGGCUUGAAGGCCACAUAUGACUGGCGCAAGGGCGAUGUACUUGCUUUGUACACCCCCAACAGCAUCGACACGCCUGUCGUUAUGUGGGGAACGCACUGGGCUGGAGGCGUGAUCUCCCCCGCCAACCCGGCCUAUACCGUGGAGGAGCUGGCCUUCCAGCUGAAGAACUCCGGCGCGAGGGCGCUGGUGACGCAGAUAGCCCAUCUGCCCGCCGCGACGGCCGCCGCCAAGCAGGUGGGCAUCCCCGAAUCGCACAUCAUCCUGAUCGGCGAUGAGCGCGAUCCCCAGGGCAAGAUCAAGCACUUCACCUCCGUUCGCAACAUCUCGCGGGCCACCCGCUACCGCAAGACUAAGAUCGACCCCGCCAAGGAUCUUUCCUUCCUGGUCUAUUCCUCCGGCACUACUGGCGUGCCCAAGGGCGUCAUGCUGUCGCAUCGGAACAUCAUCGCAAACUCGCUCCAGCUGGCCGCGGGCGAAUCGGGCCACCUGACGUGGAAUGGUGGACCCGAUGGGAAGGGAGACCGCGUGCUGGCUUUCCUGCCUUUCUUCCAUAUCUAUGGUCUGACCUGUCUGGUCCACCAGACCCUGUACCAGGGAUACCAGCUGGUCGUGAUGCAGAAGUUCGAUCUCGAGAAGUGGUGUGAGCACGUCCAGAACUAUAAGAUCACCUUCAGCUAUGUCGUGCCUCCGGUCGUGCUACUGCUGAGCAAGCACCCUGUGGUCGACAAGUAUGAUCUGUCCAGUCUGCGCAUGAUGAACUCGGGCGCCGCUCCCCUCACCCAGGAGCUCGUCGAGGCCGUGUAUGCCCGCAUCAAGGUCGGUAUCAAGCAGGGCUACGGGCUGAGCGAAACGAGCCCGACCACCCACACCCAGCCCUGGGAGGAAUGGCGCACCAGCAUCGGCUCCGUGGGCAAGCUGCUCCCCAACCUAGAGGCCAAGUAUAUGACCAUGCCCGAAGACGGGUCCGAGCCGCGCGAGGUGCCAGCUGGCGAAGUCGGCGAGCUGUACAUGCGCGGGCCCAACAUCUUCCUGGGGUACCACAACAACCCCGCUGCCACGGCCGACUGCCUCUCGGCGGACGGAUGGUUCCGCACCGGUGACGUGGGCUACCAGGACAAGCACAACAACUUCUACAUCACCGACCGCGUUAAGGAGCUCAUCAAGUACAAGGGGUUCCAGGUGGCGCCCGCAGAACUGGAGGGCAUCCUGGUCGACAACGAGGCCAUCGACGACGUCGCCGUUAUCGGUGUCGAGUCUCGAGCUCACGGCACGGAGGUGCCCCUCGCAUAUGUCGUCCGCAGCGCCAAGAGCAAGGCGUCGGGCGUCAGCGCGGAACAGGAGGCUGCCAACAUCAUCCAGUGGCUGGACGGCAAGGUCGCGUACCACAAGAAGCUGCGCGGCGGCGUGCGGUUUGUCGACGCCAUCCCCAAGAGCGCCAGCGGCAAGAUCCUGCGGCGGCUGCUGAAGAAGCAGGCCAAGGAGGAGGAGGAGGCGGCGGCGGCGGCAGCGCCCAAGGCCAAGCUGUAA